AUGCAAAUGGACGGUCGCCUACGCAGGAAUCUGCUUGGCACUUUAAGAAGAAGAAUCAACCCAACUCAUCGAUAUGGCGUUGCGAUAAUUGUGUGCAAAUCCAUUGGUCGUUCGGUGGCUGGUUUCUUGCCUUUGUCCGGACGUGUAAUGCUUAUCAAAUUAGACGCUAAACCAUUUCCACUAAAUAUUAUACAAGUCUAUGCUCCAACAGCUGAUAAAAGCGAUGACGAAAUAGCAAAUUUCUACAAAGAGCUUGAAGUAGCAUGGAAUCACACCAAGAACCAUGAAGUCACCGUUAUAAUGGGUGAUUUUAAUGCUAAAGUUGGGCAAGGGGAGGUGGAGAAAUGUGGCGGAAAGUUCGGAUUGGGAGUGAGAAAUGAACGGGGGGGUAGACUGGUGGAGUUUUGGCAGAAUAAAAGCCUUGUUGUCAGCAAUACAUUUUUUAAACUGCCAAAGCGUAGGCUGUGGACAUGGAAGUCACCGGCGCAUAACCAGGAUAAUAUCAUACGUAACCAGAUAGACUUUAUUUUGAUUAACGACAGAUUCAAAAACUGUGUUAAAUCUGCUAAAACAUAUCCAGGAGCCGAUGUCAAUUCUGACCAUAACCCAGUAGUCGCCAGUAUAGAAAUCACGUUUAAAAAGCUUAAAAAACCCAGCAAAAAACAGAGGCUUGACUUGAAAAAGCUUGAAAAUGCUGAUGUUCCUCAACAAACACAGACAGAAAUAAAUGACAACUUAAAAGGUAUCUAA